AUGCGACUCUCGGACGGGAGGACCCUAGGCUAUGCCGAAUAUGGCUGUGAAACAGGCCAUCCGCUAAUGUUCAUGUAUGGCUAUCCCCAAUGCUGUCUUGAGCCUUCAACGAUAGACCAUAUCUUUCGCCAGCGCGGAAUUCGUGUGAUUGCCCCGGAGCGCCCAGGCUUCGGCCUCUCCACAGUCCAGCCGAACCGACGUAUUAUGGACUGGCCCACCGAUGAUCUCAGACUCUCCCGUUUUGCAAUCAUGGGCGGCUCCGGCAGCGGGCCCUAUGCAUUGGCGUGCGCGCAGGUGCUCCCUCAAGACAUGAUGUCCGCAGUCGGUGUACUUGCUGGAGCGGGCAACUGGAGGGCUGGGGCUCAUCAUAUGCCUUGGAUAUAUUGUGUUUCGAUGCUGGCGACAGAACACUGGCCAACUGGGCUACGGGGGUUGUUGACCAUUGUGGUGUGGAUGCUUAGAAAUGGGCUGAGUACACAAUUGGCAACUCGGAGAGUCAAUGAUUACUUGGCAAAGGACCAGGACCAACAUGACGAAUCGGCCGAGGAACGGAGAGCUCAAUUGCUACGCAUAUUAUUUGAGCCUUUUGCGCAGGGCGCUGGCCCUGCUGCAUAUGAGGCGAAGCUAUUGUCACAAGACUGGGGUCGAGUUCGGCGACAUUACUUACACCAACCUCCACAUCUGGCAUGCUGA